GGGAGGCGCUGGGAGUGGCGGAUCUCCUCUCUGCGGGUUCUCUGCCUUCAGCUCCCACGUCACGUCCGCCCCGAGCUGCAGCGGGCGAGAUGGCGGAGCGGCAGGCCGCGGGCGCGGACGCGGAGCUGGACGAGCUGUUGGACAGUGCCCUCGAUGACUUUGAGAAGACCAGCGUCCCUCGUGCGGCGCCUGAAGCCGCUGCGGCCUCCUGCGCAGAAGCACAAAGUUCUGGGUCAAAGCCGCCUCUCCUGGAGGACAGUCAGUUCUUCGAGUCUCUGUUCGAGGGCGAGAUGGCGAACCAGGCGAAGGAGGAGUGGGAGAGAGCGAUGGCCGAGCUGGCGCAGGAGGAGCCGGAGCUGCUGCAGCAUUUCCAGAAACUCUCUGAGGCUGCGGGAAAAGUCGGAACGGAUCCAGCUUCACAGCAGGAGUUCACCUCCUGCCUGAAAGAGACGCUGAGCGGAUUAGCCAAAAACGCAGACAACCUGCAGGCUGCCGGACUGGCCGGAGACGAUCUGGCUAAGACUCUGGAAGGGCUGGGAUUGGAAGACGGUGAAGGAGCAGGGGACGAUGGGAAUAUUCUGCCUAUCAUGCAGUCCAUCAUGCAGAACCUCCUGUCCAAGGAUGUCCUCUACCCGUCCCUCAAAGAGAUCACGGAGAAGUAUCCUGAGUGGCUGAACAGUAACCGACAGUCUCUCCCGCCGGAGGAGCUCCACAGAUACCAACAGCAGCACAGGAUCAUGGGAGAGAUCUGCAGCCAGUUCGAGAGAGGCUCCGACGGAGAGAGCAGCUUUGAGAACAUUCUGGAACUCAUGCAGAAGCUGCAGGACCUGGGCCAGCCGCCGAAGGAGCUCGCCGGAGAGGCACCCCCCGGUUUGAACUUCGAUCCCGAGUCUCUGCACCUCCCCGGUGGUCCGGGCGCAGCCGGAGCGGAGCAGUGUUCGGUGAUGUGAGGGUCCCCAGGCUGCGCCAUGCUGCUCUGAGCUCCUCCUGAUUCAGGAUGGAGCUGAUGGAGUUUGUCUGAGUGAACGCCCACAAGAACUCCUGUAAAACACCACCACCACCACCUCCUCCUCCUCCUCUUCACUCUUCAUCUCCUUCUGCCGCUCCAGAGUGGAUCCUUAACCCGGUUUAAUGCAGCUUUGGGUUCAUUCCUGUGGGCUGCUAUAUUGAUAUUGAUAUUAAUCAAAUUUUGCACAUUUGCACCUCGUAAUGAGUCGAACGGCUAGAAAUCCGUGCCUCUGCUGUAAAUGACGGAGAAUUAGAAAACCGCAGGAGGUGGAUGGGUGGCAGUUCUGGCUGUAGACGUCUUAAAGGAGGAGUGUUGGAUGAAUAAAUACAGCGACCGGUCAAUUUAAUAAGCUAUAAUUAAAUUGCUAUUGCUUUUAUAUAUAAUAAUUCCAUCUAAUUCAUCAUGGAAUUGUUGGGAACCUACUGAAAUUUCUUUUUCAGAUCUAAUCAGUGACCGAAAAAAGGAUUUUCUUAAACGCGCAAGACCUUGAGAUGAGGGCAAAAGUCAUCCUGAGCCCACCUGUGCCGUCAUUAAUGCAGAGGUGUCAAAUUCAGGUCCAGAAAGUAAAAAUCCUUCCCAGGAUUUUGUUCCAACAGGCUGGAUUCUCUAGUUAGAUCACACCACCAGCAGAGCUGUCCAGCCUGUUGGAACAAAAUCCUGGGAAGGACUUUUACUUUCUGGACCUGGAUUUGACACCUCUGCAUUAAUGUAUGCUUCCCCAGUCGGGUUGCACUGAGAUUGUAUGUGGGACGUGGUGUGUCCCCUGAAGGUGGGCGAGAUGGAUGAAGUUGGUCCAUUUUUGCCUUCUAGCAUCUUCUCAACCCGUUUACUAAAGCAGAGCAAGUGUCCACCUUAGAGGAGCAUUUCCAGCCUGGCCUCGCCAGUUAGCCCCCACAGAUGCAGCUCCACUGACUGAAAUCACUCUUGUUGCUGACACAGGUGUCAUGAGUUUAAUAAAAAAGGUGAAAAUAUCUCAAAAUAUCUCCUCAUUACUGAGAAGCUGCUCGCCAAAGUGCUGCUGUGUAAAGCUGCUAGCAAGCAGCUCAGGUAGCAGCUGCUAGCCAGCUAGCUAGCAUCGUGUUCCCAGGUUGUGCCCGUCCCGUCCAGUCCCAGGGAUUAUUAGGGUUAUUUUAGAGAAGGAGCUUCUGGAUGAGGGUUAGUUGAGGGGAAAGUUCAGAAACAGCCAGUUUGCGUUCGUAGUUAUUUUAUUCAGCGAUAUUACGAACAGCGGCCCCGUCCCAAUUCACUAAGAUGCUAGAUACUCGCUAACGGCUAGCUAGCCUGGCAGCUCACUCCCGCCCCUGUAGCCGGGAAGUCAAAUCCCGGAUUUGUGAAUGUUUUCAGCUGGUUUGACGCUGAAAGGCCGCCGCUGCAGGAGCUCAGCGGGGUCUGAUGACUUGCCCUGCGGGUUCCGGUUCUGCUGUGUAGUAGUGAAGAAGUUUAAAAGCUCGGUCUGAUGUGCCAGACAGCCUUGUCCUCGCCAGCCCGAGCGCCUUGGAGCCGGAGCCGCUGUAAUAAACAGAUUUAUUCCGUCUUUAUUGAUUCUCAGACCAAAUGUUUCACUCAUGUCUGUGUUUUCCCUCAGAAGUGCUGCUCAUGUCAGCAUCUCUGCGAGACGGUCCGGGAGCGCCAAGCUGGCUGGAGUGGAUGUUCACGGUUUCUCUUACAUGGAAUAAGAUGAAAGAAAACUGUUUUUUUUGGUCCAUUCUUUAUUGAUUCGUCAAUAUUCUUCCGUUCUUUGUUUUUUGUCAGCACUGUGGGUUAAAUCUGGGAUUUCUAGUGUAUCUUUACUGUUCCACUGGUCUCAUUUCCCCUAGUAGCGUCUCCAAGACACGGACGUCUGAGACAUUCAGAUGAUGUUCUUCUCGUUUUGUGCUUCCCUCUGUGGAGAAUAUUGAAUUGUUCUUGGAUGAAUUCAGUCCUUGUGAUUCUUUGUUUUGCCUAGGCCUGAUUUGACUGGGAAAUGGUUUCUAUUCCAAGUGUGUUUUGAGUCAGUGGCCUGGUCUGUUCUUUGAUAGAAAACGUGUGGAGAACCCGUGUUGUCUGAUGGAGAACCCGUGUUGUCUGAUGGAGAACAGAUGCAACAAAAGGUUGGAAAAUGCUUGAGUAUUCCUUUAAAGUCUUCCUGAUCCCAUUAUGGUCCUGUAUUAUGUUAAGUGCUCCCAACAAGCCUCCAUAAUAAUAAUAAUAAUAAUAGUGUCAUAUUGUACAGGCGAAUGUGCUCCAGUGUGUUGUGUUAACUUUCCCAAACAUGACAUUUAACUCCCGGAAUACCUCAAAUCAGUGGGCAGAGGUGUAAAAUACGGUUAGGCUCUAUUUCAAAAGAGUGAGCUUUUAUUCUGAAAGCUGAGAGGGUGCAGAGUUUAAUGGGUUUUGUUAUGCAUACACUCAUAGAUGGUUCUUCAAGCAUUAUUUAGUCCAUAAAGGUUCUUUAUGGAACCAUAAACGCUCAAAGAACCAUGUGCAUGCUUAAAUGGUUAUUUGCAUGGUCAGGUGGUUCUUCAGAUUGAUGGCGAAUGUGUUGUACUUGGUUCUGUAUAGAACCUUAUUUUAAAAGGGGUUCAGCUAUUAUAAAGAACCACAUACAAUUCAUUCUCCAUCAGUCUGUAGAACCAUUUCACCAUGCAGAGAACCAUAUAACAUGCAAGUGGUUCUUUGGGCCUUUGUGAUUCUGUGGAGAACCACUGUUGUUACUGGAAACCCCUGAAGAAGCGUUUUUAGGAGCGCAGGCUGAACUCGUGCGUGAAGACAUGAAGAUAUUUAGGUGGUUAAUAUGGAUUAUGGUUAGUAUGGAUUACGGUGAGAGACGAGCACAUUAGACGAGCACUCAGGGGUUCAUCGAACACCCAACACACUUAAACCAGUCGCACUGAAUUCAGCCGCAAACUGCAAAGUCCCUCACAGUGAACACCUGCACCCGCCGUCGUCUACACACCGCGAACAAAGGACGGAAUUACAGUGGAAGAAAUAAAGAGAGAAAAGAGCUUG